AUGAGCGGACUGCGCGCUCGAGGGCUUCUACGAAACGCCAGCUGCGCCAUCCUCGGCGCUUUUAUUCUUGUUCAGCGGAAGGGUGGCGUGGAUGCAGCUUUCAAUGACCUCACAGGCAGCAUGGGAGACCACCAACAGAGACAGUCAGCUCCCCCUCCUCCUGCAGUACCACCAGCUACCGUGGCAGCGUAUGAGGAUAUUCCGCCUCCAUCCGAAGAGGCAGAAGCUGGAGCAGCAGCAGCAGGAGCACUAGGAGUUAGUCAGGGUGUACUUCCGCUGCAGGGGGUCCCCGGACAUUUCCCUUCGCUUUUCCCUUCCUUUGGAGGGGCCCCCAACCCUGUAGUCGGGUGGCCGCCAUUCCAGCCGCAGGCUUCUGCAGCACCACCAGCAGCAGGACCAGGACCAGGAAUUGCAUCUGGAUUUUUGUCGUUUCCUGGGGGCAUUCCCAACAAUCCAGCAGCAGGUGUGUUAGGGGCGGGAGUAGCUGGAAUAGGCGGCUGGGGUCCACCUAGUAGCAGGGAGUCUCGGAACGCAUUGGCUGCAGGACUGACUUUGCAUACGCCCGAGUCAGGCGACGUGCUGACAGCUCCCUGUGUUUCCGAUACGAGCGUGCCAGUUGGGUUCUUUCCGAGUUGCAAUGGGGUAUACAAGGUCCCUCGUUUCCCCUCAAGCGUUCAUUCAUUGAGCGAGCCGAGCGAGGAAGCCAUAAAAAAUUGCGCCGUACGAGUGUCUGCAUCGCAGAUGACCAACGGCUUUAGCGAUAAUCUUAAGUCUGGGGGCGUCAACGUUACGGGCAAUGCUCAUUCCCAAUUGUUGCGCAUCAUCGCUACCAGCUCCCCGCGUUACACCUCAAAGCUAGGUUCGCCGAUAGUACUGUUCCAGCGAGUGAUGGGCAUGCGGUUGAGCUACGAAGUAAAGGUGGCAGUGCCAAAGGGAUGCGUGUUGCUCCACGGCGACCCCCGUGCGAUGGCUGUUAUUAGGCGAGAUGGCAGCUAUGUUGUGGGGGCGGUCAUUAUAGUGCCCCCUGAUGUUCCAGCAGAAUACACUUCGUCCGUGGCUGCAGUGCCUGCCGACCUCGUGGCAUUCGCAGCCGGGCUGCCGCCCGACUCGAACUUUCAGCCAGCGGGACACUGCGUGUUUGUCGCCCAUUUCACCACCACGCCGGACAAUAUACGACUUUUCGCCUCCCUUACCCAAGUUAGAGUGGAAGCCCAAUCGGCGCUGGGCACAGAGACGCUGCAGCUCGAGAUUCCCCUUGUGUGUUUGCCGCAGUCGCUACACCGCACUGCCAUUUGGGCAACACCACUACACAACGGAACGGCCGCUAUCGUCGCUUUCAGCCCCCCGCCAAAGCCCGAGCCCGAGUGGUUCGUUGUGCGCACCUCUGGUGACGAAGCUGCGCUGCAGCGCUUGGUGGGAGUACGGCCCUGA